AUGCGGUCCUUCGCCCCCUUAAUCGUGAGCCUCCUCGGAGCUACUGCGGCCGUUCAUGCAGCUGAGCCCGAAGCUGCUGAUGCCGACGCCAAUGUCAUUACCUUGACAACCGAUACCUUUGAUGACUUUGUCAAGGAGCAUCCUUUGGUUCUUGCUGAGUUCUAUGCACCUUGGUGCGGCCACUGCAAGGCUCUUGCCCCCAAGUACGAGGAGGCAGCUACAGAGCUGAAGGCCAAGGAUGUCCCCUUGGUCAAGGUGGAUUGCACAGAGGAGGAGGAGCUGUGCCGAACCUACGAGGUGGACGGUUACCCUACUCUGAAGGUCUUCCGUGGCCCGGAUUCCCACAAGCCCUACGCGGGCGCCCGUAAGGCUGACGCCAUCGUUUCAUACAUGACCAAGCAGUCCAUGCCCGCCGUCUCCAACGUGAACGAGGAGAACUUGGAGGAAUUCAAGGCCUUGGACAAGAUUGUGAUUAUCGGAUACGUGGCAGCCGACGACAAGACUGCCAACAAGAGCUUCACUUCCUUCGCCGAGUCCCAACGUGAUAACUUCCUCUUCGCUGCCUCCAACGACGCUGCCCUCGCCAAGGCCGAGGGAGUCAAGCAACCCUCAAUUGUUAUCUACAAGGACUUCGAUGAGAAGAAGGCUGUCUAUGACGGAAAGCUGGAGGAGGAGGCCAUCCUCGAGUGGGUUAAGACUGCUAGCACGCCCCUUGUUGGCGAGCUUGGCCCCGAGACUUACUCGAAGUACAUGGCGGCCGGUAUCCCCCUGGCUUAUAUCUUUGCCGAGACAGCGGAGGAGCGCGAGCAAUUUGCCGCUGAUUUCCGUCCCAUCGCUGAGAAGCACCGCGGAGCUAUUAACAUUGUCACCCUCGAUGCCAAGCUCUUCGGUGCCCACGCAGGAAACCUCAACCUUGAGCCCGAGAAGUUCCCCGCUUUCGCUAUCCAGGAUACCAGCAAGAACGCCAAGUACCCGUACGACCAGACCAAGAAGAUUGACGCCAAAGAUAUCGGCAAGUUCAUUAAGAACGUUCUUGACGGCAAGGUCGACCCUAGCGUCAAGUCGGAGCCCAUUCCCGAGACCCAGGAGGGCCCUGUUACCGUUGUCGUGGGCCGUAACUAUCAGGAGACCGUCAUUGACAACGAUAAGGAUGUCCUCCUCGAGUUCUACGCUCCCUGGUGCGGUCACUGCAAGUCUCUUGCUCCCAAGUACGAAGAGCUCGCCGCUUUGUACGCCGGUGUUCCUGAGCUGAACGACAAGGUCACCAUCGCUAAGAUCGAUGCCACUGCCAACGAUGUGCCCGAUUCGAUCACUGGCUUCCCCACCAUCAAGCUGUACCCCGCCGGUUCUAAGGACUCCCCUGUUGAGUACGCCGGUACCCGUACCGUUGAGGAUCUGGUCUCCUUCAUCAAGGAGAACGGCAAGUAUCAGGUGGAUGGCCUGGAUGGAGGCGCAAAGAAGCCCGUUGAGCGCGGUGGCGAUGUCACUUCCAUGGGUAGCCCCAAGCCCACCGAGUCUGCUGCUUCUGAAGAGGCGGAUGUUCACGAUGAGCUCUAA